UUAAGACCGUUCCGAAUGAUAUAGCUUGUUUUCAUAUUGAUUGGUGAAAUCGCUCAGGGUAGCCUGAUAAGGAUCUUCGCGAGGACCGAAAGAGACAUUUCGAAGUGCAAGCCGCGGAGGGAAAGAUGGCUGAACUACUACCAGAGGUUUGCAUGGAGAAUCAUUCACGUCUCAAAGCUUCCCUGCUCGGUCAUUCAACGAAAGGAGCCCCGCGAGAAUCCUCUACCCCGAUCGGCUCGGAUUGUGUCGCAACUAAGGAGAGCCGCUUGAAUCCGCAGCUGCUUGAACAAAUCUUUCUCAAGCUCGAUUUGCGCGAUCGUCUCAACUGUGCCCGGACUUGUCGUCGAUGGGCUGACGUGAUGGGCAGUGAAAAAAUGACGCAAGAUGCAGUCUUCAGGUUCGGGAAAGCUGAUAUGGAAAAAAGUUGGGAAGCAAUGAUCAGCAGUCGGCGAGCGUGCAGGAACCUCAAGUUCAUCGAAGUCGAUUUGAAAGAAAACUUCAGUAAAAUCAAGAGCAUCGGCGGAGGCCUCCGUGAUUUGCAGCUCGUGAAUUGCUGGUGGACGGACAGCAUACUUUACCAGAUUCUGACAAAAUGUACCAAGCUCGAAUCCCUCAGCAUCUCAGGACGUCUCGAAACCAGAAGCCCUGUCGAGAAGAAAUCGAUCAUGUCUCUUCUUCUGGAAACGGAUCCUGGAGUCAGCCAAACUUCAUCGCUAGGCCUGUGCCGAUCUAGUUCUAAACGGGUCCCCGCGGAGCUUCUCGACGAGGGGAGUCAUGCCACUUUCCUGAGUCCUCCCAGGCGAGAUGUGAUGUAUGCUAUCGAAGACUCACUGAGCAGCGUGCGUCACCUGUCUCUAAAAGACUGUAGGGGAGAAGCAUGGGUGAAGGGGACAACCGACUGCUUCCUCCGUCUGCUGCCGAAUUUGAUUUCGAUAUCGCUGAGGAACUGUACACCCGUAUACAAGAAGUUUCUGUCCCUCAAUUCGAGUUCGAUGCCCCUGCUCAAAGAUAUUGACUUCCAACCAGACUCCCCACGAGAUGAUGAUCCGGAGUUGAUAGCGCCUUUCGCAAGAAAAUACUCGCAACGUGUCGAGCGUCUGACUCUGAAUUUGAGAGGCGUUUCGGAGGAGACCUAUGCCCCGAUCCUCUCGUGCACUAAAUUGAGGCAUUUUUCCCUCGAGAAAGGAGCCCGCUUCGGAGAUAGUGAUCUGAGAGAACUUGUCAGGAACAAUCCCGAUUUAGAAUCGCUGCAUAUUGCGGAUUCUGAAUGUCUCUCACAGAAGGGCCUGAGCAACGUAACCCAUCUCGAUAAACUUCGGCAUCUGAUUCUGAACGACUGUACUGAGGUCCAGCUCGGCGCGGGAAUGUUGGACCGCCUACGAAAGAUCGCCAGCUUCAAGCAUUUUGAAUUUUCAUUCGGGGCGAGCUCCCGACACCAUCCACGAAACGCGGGAGAUUGUGCUCUCGCCCUCGAGAUCUCCGGAAUACUUGAAGUUCUCGAGCUCCGUCUUGGAAGCUAUGGACAUCCUUUCAGCCCCUGGAGACACUUAAGAAGCGUCAAACUUUGUCGAGCUCUCGAAUCGGAUGAGCCGAUAUCCAACGGAGACGUCGGAUCCCAGACCGGGAAGCAUUCCAUCGAUCUCCCCCUAGGAGAUGGAGUAAUUGAGGCUUUAGAUUUUAUCCAUUUUUCUACCUUAACUAUACGGAACUGCGGAGAGGUCACGCAUGCCUCCCUCUCCACCUUGCUUGAUCGCCACUCCUCCCUAAGAACGCUAAGACUCCUAGAUUUCCAUCUGGAAGAUGAAGUCGUCAAGAUGCUACGAGACUCGUGUCCUCGUCUGGAGCAAGACUUGUUAGAAACCUUUAGAGUUUCGGAAAGAGGCGAAACCCUAAUCCUCACCUUUGGCCCCAGGCCAAUCUAGGGCUGAGAUGAAAUCCUGUGAGGAUCAGCAAGAUCGUCGCAGUGCGCUAUUAUCAUGGCGACGCAGCACAUUCGGGUGAUUUAUAGGAGACUGCCACUCGAGUGUUUUCAUUAAAAAUGUAUUUGGGACUCGACUACAGAAAAUGGCACGAAGAACGGUUUACAGAACGUGAAGAAAGUGAAAGUGAAUAAAAUUGUACCUAACAUAA